UUACACGUAUAGUAAAGAGGGCGUCUGCUAUGAUAAUCUGUCAGUUAACAAAUGUGUCUUGCAGAAAAAGUGGUAGGGAGUUUGAAGAUUCGUGGAAUUUCGUGAUAUGCUACUACGUAUUUACAAUAAUUCCUUAUGUUUUAUAUUUAAUUUUUGAUCAAUUAAUCUUUCCUUUUUUCCCCUUAAGUUUAAUUCAUUCCAAGGAGUAACAUAAGUUAACAGUAUUUUCAUUCGAUUUUUUCUUACGUUUUUUCAUAUACUUACGCGUGAAAUGUGAUACAUCAAAUUUUAAUGGUUUUGCUAAGAUCAAAAAAAUAAUUAUAAUAACACUCAUAGAAACAGUUAUCUUUUAAUGUGUGAAUUGAAGCAUAGUUAAAUUAUUUGAUAUCUUAUUAAUAAUCAUGGAUAAAUUAAGAAGAGCUUUAAGCGGUAAAGAGGAGUGCGAUGAGGAAAGUGGUAUUAUUGCACAGGAUGAUGUUAAUUUCGUGGUUAUGGAUCAAACAACACUGAGUUGGUCGACACGCAUAAAAGGUUUCGCUAUUUGUUUUGUCAUAGGCAUUCUUUGUUCUUUUCUUGGAUCAUUUGCCUUAUUUUUAAGAAGAGGACUUACAAUAUUUGCUAUAUUUUACACAUUAGGAAAUAUCAUUUCACUAGCAAGUACUUGUUUUUUGAUGGGUCCUAUAAAUCAAUUAAAAAAAAUGUUUGCUGCGACAAGAAUUAUUGCUACUAUUGUAGUAUUCAUAUCGAUUGGUAUGACAUUAUUUGCAGCUUUACACUUAAACAAUCCUGGUUUGGCUCUUAUAUUUAUCAUUAUUCAAUCUAUAGCAAUGACUUGGUAUUCCUUAUCAUAUAUACCAUAUGCACGAGAUGCUGUAAAGAAAACUGUUGAAUCUUGUAUAACGUAAACAUAUAUCGCUUGGAAAGAAAAAAGAGAUGUUGAAUAUCAUUGUAUUAAUCAUAUUUAUAAAAAUCUAAAUAUUUUGUACAUAU